AUGGCCGAUAAACACACACCACCCCGAACACGGCACACCAGUCGCGCCAGCUACGCCUGUUCUCGAUGCAAGAAGGCCAAGCGACGGUGUGACAUCGCCCAACAGAUCGCCCCUGGCGAUUCCUGCUCGGCAUGCCGUCAGCGGAAUGAACCAUGCGAUUCCCGCCAACGCGGCGAGGACCGACGUCGACAGAGGAAGCGCCAUACCAAUGUGGAGAUUCAUGCCAGAAUCGCCAGCCUUGAGAAUGAGAUCAGAAACAUCUCAUCGCAGAGGAGACCGGUUGAAGGUGACGAGAGGCCGACGAGCGACCACCUCAGCAUUGGCGCAUCCCGAGAUGAUGUGUCGCGAAUUCGAGAUCCGAAGGACCUGUCGGCUGCCAAUUCUCCCGGUCCGCUUGGUCCCCAAUGGCAGCAAAGCUUUCCCAGCCCGGCUGCUUCGAGUAGCGCUUUGUCGUCGAUGUCCGCGCAACCCCUCGACGCGUGCAACACGCACAACCGUGCCGCAUCAUUCACAUCGUCGGCCCGGUGUAUGCGAUCUUCGGACAAGGGGAAAUCCCGCCCCAUACACUCGAAACGUUUUCCCACCGGCAUGGAUGAGGUCACACCACCGGCGGGCGUGCUUCCAGGAGCAGAGGAGAGAAACCAACGCUACUUUGGCGCUUCCAGCAUCUUUCCCUACGGCGAACGACAAUCCCCGCCACCACGCCAUGCCGUCGCGGACCAUGUGAUGCAAAGGGCACGACUCUCCCCAACCUCGCUGGAAGACUUCACCGAACCGGAGCCGAUCGUUUCUCACCUUCUGGAUCUAUUCUGGGAGUACCAGGCAUCACAUCUCCUCCUCAUCGAUCGAGAAAUAUUUCUGCGGCACCGGAAGCUAGCGCAGGAGGGAGAUGGACUGGGUGAUCGCAACUUUUACACGCCCUGCCUGCUCUAUGCGAUCCUGGCGUUGGCCUCUAUGAUCAGCACGGACAGGGGUGUCAAGCGAUACUCAGCAGGACCGGGAGAUGUGCCAGGCGACAUAUUUAACCAGCGAGCGCGGAUAUUGUUCGAGAUCGAGAUGGAGACCCCGGCGGUGACCACCGUUCAAGCGGCCGUUCUGAUAGGCGCCCGGUAUGGCACCUUCAUAGACAGCUGCCUUGGCUGGACGUUUAGUGGCAUGGCCUUUCGCAUGGCUACCAAAUUAGCUCUUCACCUAGACUGUUCGAAAAUGGUUGCCAUGGGCCACAUGUCGGAGGAGACAGCCCAAAGUCGGCUGGUGACGUUCUGGGGUUGCUACAUUGAAGACAAGCUUUAUAGCGCAUAUUGCCAGCGACCGACGAUGCUGAUGGACUGGGACAUCACAAUUGCUUCUCCGCAGGAACAGCCUCAAGCCAAACCAUACAUGUCCCCUCACCUUCUGCCAUGGACGGUAUCUCUGAACAAACUAUGCGGCAAAACGCUGCUGGGGCUUUACGCGCAACGGCACUAUAACAAUCGUGAUGAUGGUUUGAAAAGGAUCGCAUCAGAGAUCCACCGAGAACUUUGGGAAUGGCAGCACGACCUCCCAGCGGACCUGUCAUGGCCGCCGAGUGGGACCACGGCUCGUGCUUCACCUUCAGUCUUAGUCUUACAUAUGCAAUUCUAUUACAAUCUCAUCCUCCUUCACCGACCCUUUCUAGAAUUCUCCAGGGUUCGGCGUGAGAUUACCCAAGGCCAAAACUCGCCCACCACAUCAACUAAAACAUGUGCAAUUGCUGCUGCGAAUAUUGUGCGUCUUGUGUGUGACUACCGGGAGCAUUACAAUAUACGGCAGAUCUCACCGAACGCGGUGCACAUCAUAUUCAUCGCAGCAACGAUUCACCUGAUCAACUUUCGACUGACCAACGCCGAACCACAUAGCCAACUCCUGCGUGGGUGUAUUCCAGCGCUAUCGGAGCUCGGGGACUCCUAUCCCAUCUCCCAGAAAGCCUUGGGCAUUCUAUCCACCCUUAUCAAGCGCGUUGCUCCCCAGGACGAGGACUCAGCCGAGGACCUGGCUGACGGAGACGCAGACGAGUCCAGUGAAAACAGUCCGACCAAAACUGGUAGCCGGGAUGCGGAGCAAGAAAAUAACAAGACCCGGACCGGUUCCAAUGAAUGGUUGGCUUCCGAGAAUCCAGACCAAAACUCGCCAUUCACGCAUGAAGACUCUCAAACUGGCCUCUGGCUCUAUGGGACAGAUGCAUGCUCUUCUCAAGACUGGAAUGAGCCCCUUGAAGUGCCCCCGCUUAUCGAUCUCGGGUAUCUGCCCGAAGCAGGUUCCAUCGAUGAUCCGAGUCGGACUGAGAUCGCUUCCGGUGGCUACUCUGAAAUAGCAGCAUUGCCACCGGAUCUCCAGCGCUACUAUGACGAGCCAGUGAAUUGGUUUUAUGAGGGUGGCUUACCACAGAUGGGGAUGGGCCUUGAUGAUAGUGGUCUAGAUGUGGAGAAACGUAAUUUAUUUGAUACGUUCUAUGGCAAAACCUAUGGUUUAAACUGA